AUGGCAACAGACACCAUUGCUGAAAAAUAUUUGUCGAGUGUUAAGGAGGCGAGAACGAAUGGUGGAGUUGCGCCAAUCAAAAAGGAAUUUCUUUUGACAAGCGAGCAAAAGGUGUCGGAGAACCGUUGCGAUGAUCAAGAUUCUAAUGAAUGUGAAGGUAAAAACAGGGUGAGGAGCAGAAAGCGACAGAGGGGAAUCAAUAGGGAACGAGGCAGGGAGAUGGCAAAGGCAAGAGCUAAGAAUUUGGUGCAUAAAGUUCGUCUGUGUAACUCUGUGAUUUCUGGUAGGCAGUGUAAGCAUGGUGAAAAAUGCAAACUUCUACAUUCUGUCGAGGAAUACCUUGCCCAAAAACCUGAGGACUUGGGAAAAAGCUGCUAUAUCUUUGACCAGCGAGGAACUUGUCAUUUUUCUUACACUUGCAGGUUUGCCAACGCUCACACUAGCAGUGAUUUAAAACAGGUGAAGAAAGAACCUGCAAGUGGUUACCAGCCGUCUAAAAAUUAUGAUACGAUAGGUGUGCAGAUUUCCCUUCGGAAGCAUAAAUACGAUUUUACUAGAAGUGAUGAAGCUGUUAAAAGUUUGAGUAGCAUGACGGGGUGCAUGCAGCGAGAAAAGCUGAAACUAGAUACAAGGACUUUAAGGAGUAAACUAUACUUAGCUCCUCUUACUACUGUUGGUAAUUUGCCGUUUCGGAGACUAUGUGUUGAAUUUGGAGCUGAGAUAACUUGUGGAGAGAUGGGAUUGUGUACGAGCUUUCUUGGAGGUUGUUCUUCUGAAUGGUCUCUUUUAAAGCGACAUCCUACAGAAAGAAUAUUCGGUGUUCAACUUGUUGGCGGGUAUCCGGAUACGAUGUCCAAGGCAGCACAGCUUAUAAGUGAAAAUGUGGAUGUGGAUUUUAUCGAUGUAAAUUGUGGUUGUCCGAUUGACAUUAUCAAUCAGAAAGGUGGUGGGUGUACUUUAGCUUCACGAACAAAUAUGUUAAUAUCAGUUAUGAAAGCUAUGAGCCUUUGUAUGGGAGAAAUACCUCUCACACUGAAGCUACGAUCUGGCUUAAAGGAAGGCGUUUAUACAGCUCAUAAAACUAUUGAGAAGAUCUUGAAUUCCUGUCCACCACAGCUUCUAACUCUUCAUCCACGGUCUAAAGAACAGCGGUAUACAAAGCUUGCUGAUUGGGAGUACACAAAAGUCUGUUCACAGUAUGUCAAAAAUACACCUUUUUGGGCCUGCGGUGAUGUUUUGUCUUUUCAGGAGUACCGUCAGUUUAAGAAGCUAAAGUCUUAUCCAGUAGACGGAGUUAUGAUUGGUCGUGGUGCACUUAUUAAGCCUUGGUUGUUUACCGAAAUUAAAGAGCAACGCGACUGGGAUAUUAGUUCAUCUGAGCGACUUGAGAUAGUCCGCAAAUUUGUAAACUACGGUCUUGAUCAUUGGGGCAGCGACGAUGAAGGGGUCGAUAAAACUAGAAGAUUUCUUCUAGAAUGGCUGUCAUUUGCACACCGAUACAUUCCUGUUGGACUUUUGGAGGUGCUGCCGCAGAAAAUCAACGAGCGACCACCUGCUUUCUGUGGCCGCGACGACUUAGAAACGUUGUUGGCGAGCGAUAUGUCACAAGAUUGGAUCAGAAUAACAGAAAUGUUUCUUGGGAAAGUUCCUGAAGGGUUCCUUUUCAUUCCCAAACAUAACGCUAAUGCUUACAGUAAAGAUGGCUUGUCGUGA